GGUACCGAGCGCGCCGGGGACGGUGCCCGCUUCCCGCUGUCGGGUCCGGGGGAGCCCAGGCUGCCCCGCUGCCUCUGCGGAGAAAGUUGGGCCGGAGAAGGACCCCAGGGGCCACCGCUCCCGCCUCCCGGAGGUCCUGGAGCUGAGGAUAGGCUUAGAAUAGAGUUCAGAGAAGCUCUGACGCACUGAAAGAGUCAAGUGCCUGCUGCGGGGAGACACCGGCCUUGUAGACAUAGUUCUGGGGCAGCAGCUGCAUUCCUCACGGCACCGCCUGCCCAAGUGGAGAUGGGGUCCAUGGAUGGGAAUGCCACUGACACCUCUACCUCUGCACUUGACCCCCAUGGAGCCCAAACUGUUUCCUUACCCUUCACCUUCAGCUAUGGUGACUAUGAUACGCCCCUGGAUGAAGAUGAAGAUGUGACCAAUUCCCAGACUUUCUUUGCUGCCAAGAUUGUCAUUGGCAUUGCCUUGGUGGGCAUCAUGCUGGUGUGUGGCAUUGGCAACCUCAUCUUUAUUUUCACCCUGGCCCGCUACAAGAAGCUUCGUAAUCUCACCAACCUGCUCAUUGCCAACCUGGCCAUCUCUGACUUCCUGGUGGCCAUUGUGUGCUGCCCCUUUGAGAUGGACUACUACGUGAUCCGUCAGCUCUCCUGGCAGCACGGCCAUGUCCUGUGUGCCUCUGUCAACUACCUGCGCACCGUCUCUCUCUAUGUCUCCACCAAUGCAUUGCUGGCCAUUGCCAUUGACAGGUACCUGGCCAUUGUGCACCCGCUGAAACCACGGAUGAAGCGUCAGACGGCCGCAGGCCUGAUUGUCUUGGUGUGGACCGUGUCCCUCCUCAUUGCCAUCCCGUCUGCCUACUUCGCCACCGAGACCGUCCUGGUCAUCGUGCAGAGCCAGGAGAAGAUCUUCUGCGGCCAGAUCUGGCCCGUGGACCAGCAGCUCUACUACAAGUCCUAUUUUCUCUUUGUCUUUGGCCUGGAGUUCGUGGGCCCUGUGGUCACCAUGACCCUGUGCUAUGCCCGAGUGUCCCGGGAGCUGUGGUUCAAGGCCAUGCCUGGUUUCCAGACCGAGCAGAUCCGCAGGCGCCUGCGCUGCCGUCGGAGGACGGUGCUGGGGCUCGUGUGCGUCCUCUCGGCCUACGUGCUGUGCUGGGCGCCCUUCUACGGCUUCUCCAUCGUGCGCGACUUCUUCCCGUCUGUGUUCGUGAAGGAGAAGCACUUCCUCACCGCCUUCUACAUGGUCGAGUGCAUCGCCAUGAGCAACAGCAUGAUCAACACGCUGUGCUUCGUGACCGUCAGGAACAGCACCAGCAAGUGCCUCAAGAAGAUCCUGCUGCUGCACUGGCGGACCUCGCCUGGUGGGAGCAAGGCCAGUGCUGACCUCGACCUCAGAACCACGGGCAUGCCCGCCACCGAGGAGGUAGACGGCAUCAGGCUGAAGUAAGGGACCGGACCGGGACCUGAGGGCCACUGGCCUGCGUGCCCGGAUCCACACACCUGCGGGGACCUCAGCGAGGACCACGGGGACACAUGUUCGAGGAUCCAGAUCGUCCGAAACAGAUGUCAGUCAGCAGACGCCGUCGCUACUGGUCAGCAUUCAUCGAAAGUCUAAGUUUUGCAAGGUGCAGUCCCGGGUGAAACCCUGUAGAUUGAUGGCAUUUAAUUGACAAAAUGAAAUAGGGUUUAUAUCAGGCAAAAUAUGGUGUGGACUGUGUGGAAUAGAGGUACACGCUGGUCUGGGGCGUCUCUAGCCGUGCUCUUAGACUUAGCUCUCUCCCAGCCUUUGGAAAGGUGGGGUUCCCCGCUCUGCCUGUAGCCCUGCUCCUCUCACACCGGGCUCUGGCUCACGCUGGGAGGAGACUUGUGCGCAUGGACAUAGAUCCACGGCCACGUUCUGUGAAAACUCUCUGACCACUUCCCACUGACCUAUGGCUAUCAUGCAAGCCUAAGGCAUAGAUGGUGGGGUUUCUUGUCAAAACAAGGACUUGAGGAAGUAGCAACAUGGGCCCUGGACACCAUUUGGACAGGAAAUUUGGGGGUUCUGGGUCCUAGGAAAAAGUCUGGAGAGAAAAGCCUGGGCUCAAGAUGAGCAUCUGCCCUUGUCUUCAUGGUCUGUUCACCCCAAGAAGAAAGGAGGUGAAGAAAAGAGUCAGGCAGGACUUCUGGAAGCAUGUGGGGCAGGGCCGCAGGUACUCCCCGUCUCAGGUUAGCUCAACUUCUCAGUAAUUCUGGCCUGAACCUGUUAGGCUUCCAAAGAGGCCUGUCUCUUCUCAUGUCUCCAUGCUUGUGGAGUGCAGAACUCUUGAGAGGAGAUGCAACAUCGCAUGGAGGGGCCAUCCGUUGCUCUUCUGUUGUUCCCACCAGCUCUCAAAUACAGGUGAGGAGGUGUCCUCCAGCCAGUCAGCCUGGUAAGAAUAUGGGCUAAGAGCAAGGUAGCUUUUUGAGGUAGUCAGUCAGACACACAGGCCAGAAGGAAACUCCAUCUUGCCUUCCCUGGAGAGACUAGAACUCCAAUCUGAUUUAGUCUUAUCCAAGAUGGCCAUAAAGAGCAACCUGCUGAUGAUUUUCUUGAACUUUUCUGAGGCGUAGCACCUUUGGGUGGGGCCCUUCCUGAGUCAACAUUCUUCCUGGGCCCAACAACCAAUCAAGAUCUUUCAUAUACACUGGGAUUUGGUAAUAAGACACAUCUUAAUUGGAUGCCUCAUUCAUAUAAAUGGACUUGAUCCAAGCCUCCAUGUGCUUGAGAGAAAUUUUUUUCCUGUCUUUCCCUCUCCCUCCUGGGAGGGGAGGAACUCCUCUAGGCUUGGGAACUUGCCUGUUUUUUCUUCUUUCCUGUUUCCAGUCUUCCUGAAAAUAAAUCUCUCAGAACUUACCCAUUUCAAUGUUCAUAUUUUUCAUUUUUCUUUUUCUUUUUGCUAAAUGUAGACAAGCAUUCAAGACUUGAGAAGCCCUGCUGUGGAGAUUCUUAGCUUGCUUAGAGCCCAGCCUCCCACACAUAAUUAUGGAGAUCCAAUUCUUCCCAGAGUUCCAAUCUCAAAACAAUAUGGUGUUCUCUCACUGGCAUGAUUAGAUCAAGAUAUCAUGCCUGUGUCAUGAGAUACACCAAUGCCUGAAUUCCAUCCCAGUAAUGAUUCCUGUGGAUCAAGACUCACUUUUAUUUUAAAAUCAAGGUACCCUAAAGGGAUAACCAAUCAUAUUCCUACUCCUCUGUGUGAAUGUAGUCAUAUAGGAGGGUGGUGGAAACUCAGGAAUGAGGGGUGUAUCCAACAGUGAGCUCUAGUGGCCCCACAGACUUACAAAAGGCUCAUCCCUCUUUCUUAUCUGCUCUCCUGUUUUUCUUUUCGGAAUUUGGGUCUGAGGUUCAGCUGUGGCUCUGUCCUUUCUGAGGACAAAAGUAAGCUCUGUAAAGCCUUUUGGAAUAGUCAUGGGAUUAGCCAAGUCAUAUGUGAGGACAUGCUUGUGAUCAUAGGAACAGUGAAGACAUACAACACUAAAAACCAGUGGAUUACUAAUUGUGGUGUGUCUGGACCAAAUAAAAAUGCAGGACUGGAGAGAUGGCUCAACAGUUAUGGCAUUUGCCUGCAAAGCCUAAUGACUGGGGUUCAAUUCCCCAGUACCCAAGUAAAGCCAGGUACACAAAGU